GGAAGCCCGUAUUUCCAAUCUUCCGGUUUGACCUUGAAGGCACCGCUGCUAACAGGGGUUAGCCUGUGGAGAAGUAGCUAGCUCACCUCUUUUCUGGCUCUGUAUUAAUAUUAUAAAACUUUAUAAUCAUGUCCUUUAAAAGAGAAGGUGACGACAAGAGUCAGUUAAACAUCCUGAAGAAGCGACGAGUUGAGGAUCUUCUGUCUCACUUUAUUCCAGAGGACGAAGCGGUUCUGAUGAAAAAUGGAAGAUAUUCCUGCACCGUGUGUUCGUAUCGUCCCGUGUUCGACACCGUUGACAUGUUGACGGUUCACAGAAACGGGAAAAAGCAUCUGGAAGGAUUAAAAUUGUUCUAUGGCAAAAAAACACGGCUGAAGAAUGAAAUAACAAAGAGGCGUCAAGAGAACUCCGUCCAGGCUGAAGACGCAGGACAGGAACCGUCCAGCUCUGCCCCGUUACUGGAACAAACCCGAAAGCUCACACAUCACGCUCUGUUGAAAACUGUUCCGUACAACAGCUGCCAUCGAACAACCAGCACAAAAUCUGAGAAAGGACCAGCGAGCAUCAGCUCAAGUGUCAGUGGAAACGCUCACAGCGAAACUCCAUCGGCGCCAGAAAACACAAGUGAAGCUUCUGACUCGGCUCCGUCAAGAAGCUCCAGUGGCUCCACGGCAGAUAAUAAAGAGUUAAAUCCGUCACAUGAUGUGGAGGCGUCUCAGCCAAUCACAGCCGAGAGGAGGAGAGAGCUGGAGCGCUACCUCAAACUGAAAAGUGACGGGUGGAUACAGGACCGGAGCGGCCUGUGGGUUAAAGACGAGGACGUGGAGUUUGAUUCAGACGAGGAGGAGCCUCCGUCGCUCGUCCACUCAGAGGACUGAGAACACGGAUUGGACUUGGAACGGUGCCACGGUGCUGAAUGAAAUGACUGAGCUUCCACGUGCUGAGACUCCAGCCGCUCAUUGAAUCACAUGAUUUCCUUCUGGCUCCACGGAGACUGUUUCAUCUGGGCUCUCACUCACCGACCAGUGAUAGAAAACCUCUAGUUCCCAUCAGCCGCAACUCGUGAUCCUUUUAUUGUGUUAAAAACAAAUCGUACGAUUUAAUGAAAAGCGUCAUUUCCUCGCAGUCGGCUGAUUCUGUACGUCACAGCGUUUCAUUUACAGAAUUAGAUUUAGACAAAUGGAAUGUGAGAAACAUUUUAACCACUGUGCUGAAAAUGUUUUGUUUUUGGUGCAACAGGGAACAUCGAGCAACUUAAAGACAUGAAGAUUAUAAUAAAAACAGAAUCAGUGUC